AAGAAGUAAGCUGAAGACUGAAAAGCCUCAAAUCAUGGAGAGGAACACAUCCCAGACAAAUACAAGUAAGGUGUUAAUACUGUCUCAGUCAACCAUGGUGGCUAAUUCUAAGAUGGCAGUCGCACAGGUAUUAGUCUGCAUCUUCCUUUAUAUAAACUGCAUUAUGCUUUUCUCAUUCUUCAGUAAAGAUUCCUUUCGACAGGAUAGUCGCUAUAUUUUGUUUGCUCACAUGUUGCUUGUGGACACUACCAUGCUUUUAUUGGUGGACAUGGGAGUACUAAUGUCCUAUUUCUACCUCCUGCUGCCUGCUGGUUUGUGCAUCCUAAUCUGCACCUUCAUGGAAGUCCUUACUGCCUACACUCCAUUGACUUUGACUGCCAUGUGCCUGGAACGUUAUAUUGCUAUCUGCAUACCACUGAGACAUGCUGAGAUCUCCACAAUCCAACGAACUAUGCUUGGUAUUCUGCUUAUUUGGAUUUUGGGAUUCAUCUUCAGUACUACUGACUUAUUUAUUAUAAUUGUAACACAGCCCAAUAGUUUUUACUUUGCAGAUUAUAUCUGUAGUUAUGAAAUGAUGCUUCUGUACAUUUGGCAGGCUGACUUGAGGUCAGUCUCACGUCUGCUCCUUUUUCUAGCAAUAUUCAUUUUUAUACUAUUCACCUAUGUAAAAAUCAUGUAUGUAGCAAAAGCUGCCUCUGCUGAGAAAACCUCUGCCUUCAAAGCUCGCAAUACAGUUAUUCUUCAUGCUGUUCAACUUCUGUUGUCUUUAACUGUACUGAUUUGCCCUUUCGUCGAAACAGCCAUUAUGCAAGUAGAUUUUCAGGUUUUCUUAAAUGUACGCUAUUUUAAUUUUAUUAUCUUUACUUUGUUCCCUCGAUGUCUAAGUUCACUUAUUUAUGGAGUCAGAGAUGAUAAAUUCAACAUGGUGUUUCAACAUUACCUCAUAUGUGGAUUGAGUAAAAAGGUAUCUUCCGCCAUAUUAAGUGGAUAAGGAAAACAGGGGAAAGGUGUUUCCUUUACACAGAAUGUGAGUACAUAUGGUUUACCUAAUAGUAAAAGACUCAGCCUGAACAUCUUUGCUGCAACAGAAGUAAUAUCUCCAGUUGGUGAUGUAGCUGAGGGUUCAUAAAACUCAGAUUAAUUUUGUACCAGAAGCCUGCAAAUAACAAAUGAUAAAUGACAAUCCAAGUUUAUCAGAUAAAAUUCUACUACAUCA